AUGCGCGCCGGGCGGCUGGGCCCCUGCGCGACCCUGGCGCUGCUGCUGGCCACCCUCGACCCCGCGGCGGGCACCGGCGCCACCAGCGCCCCCGACGGGCCCCCCGAGCGCGGCGCCCCGCAGAAGGGCCGCCUGUCCCUGCAGAACACAGCGGAGAUUCAGCGGUGUUUGGUCAACGCAGGCGAUGUGGGGUGUGGCGUCUUUGAAUGUUUUGAGAAUAAUUCGUGUGAGAUUCGGGGCUUGCAGGGGAUUUGCAUGACGUUUCUGCACAACGCUGGAAAAUUCGAUGCCCAGGGCAAGUCCUUCAUCAAAGACGCGCUCCGGUGCAAGGCCCACGCCCUGCGCCACCGGUUCGGCUGCAUCAGCCGCAAGUGUCCGGCCAUCAAGGAGAUGGUGUUCCAGCUGCAGCGCGAGUGCUACCUCAAGCACGACCUGUGCGCCGCCGCCCAGGACAACAUCCGCGUCAUGGUGGAGAUGAUCCACUUCAAGGACCUGCUGCUCCAGGAACCCUACGUGGACCUGGUGAACCUGCUGCUGACGUGCGGGGAGGCGGUGCGCGCGGCCGUGACCCACAGCGUGCAGGCGCAGUGCGAGCAGGCCUGGGGCGGCCUCUGCUCCAUCCUGGGCUUCUGCACCUCGGCCGUCCGGAGCCCGCCCACGGCGCCCCCCGGCCGCAGCGCCGAGACCGGCCGCGGCGCCCGGGCCCAGAGCGGCAGCCCGAGCCCACCCGAGCACCCGGAUGUGCCCAGUUGUGUGGCUGUGGAGCGGAGCGCGGAGGCCGGGAGGCCCGGAGGCCCGGGGCCCUGCUCCCCGCGGCGGAGGCCAGGCGGGAGGCCCGGGGCCCUGCUCCCCGCGGCGGAGGCCCGGAGGCCCGGGGCCCUGCUCCCCGCGGCGGAGGCCGGGCGGCCCGGGGCCCCGUUGCUAGUGCCCUGGGGCCUGUCGGUGGCCGGUGCCCACCUGAGGCAGAGCUGGGACCCCGAGGGAAACUGA